UUACCCAUCCCACCACAUCCCCAUCCCCGUCCCAUCGCUCAACACAAGCAAAGCAAACAGAGCUCGUCGUUGUAGGAGCAAAAGGAGCAGCCAUGGCCCAAGUCAUCGUCGAGAGGGCAUGCGCGAAGCUCAGAUCCGCCAUAGGAGAUGAAGCCGUGGCGCGUUCAAACUUCACCGGUGACCUGCGGGAUAUGCUGGAGGCGCUGGAGCACGUCCAGCCGAUUCUGGACAGAGCCGAGAUGCACCUGCGGAGGGAUUUCUUUCCGUCGCGUUGGCUGCAGCGUGCUUUGGGCGCCGCCUACAAGACCAUAGACAUGGUGGACGAGCUGCAGGACUCGAGACCACAGGCUGCUGCAACGAUGACAAGAAGGAUGCUACCUCGCCUUGCCAUCAUGAAGAAUGCCAUGGCCAUCCAGGUGCAGGAGACCAAAAAACUAGUGAUGUGGUUACAGGAGCAGUCAGGUUCGUUAUCAAAAUAUCUGCCAGAAAAAUCCAUAUUGCUCGAGAAAAUUAUCAAGGAACGAAAAACUGGACCAGGUUUUGAGGAAGCACUGGUUUUGGGAAGAGGGUCAGAUAAACAGAGGAUAAUUGCCGCUUUACCAUCUACCGAGCCCAACAUCAUGCAAGAGCACAUCACCAUUCUUCCCAUAUUUGGGCUUGUCGGCAGCGGCAAGACAACCUUGGCACAAAUGGUGUUUAACGAUACCCACUCCCUCCAAGGCUACGAUUUCCGGGUAUGGGUUCAUGUGUCUCCCCAGUUCGAUUUCCAUGCAAUAGGCAAGUCCAUUAUUUCUCAAGUCUCAGCAAGGGGACAAGAAGAGACCAAUCAUUCUUCUUCAGACAUGGAGGGGAUGCAGAGUAUAAUGAAGCGCCUUCACGAGCUACUUAAUGGUAAGAAGGUGCUCCUUGUGUUGGAUGAUCUGUGGGAGGAGGAUCCCAUUCGGUUACAGCUGUUGAAGUCCAUGUUAACUUUCCUGGGAGACAGGAUGGACGUAAUAGUAACCACAUGCAACCAAGCAAUCGCCAGGAAGAUCUGCACCAUUGAGCCGUACAGGCUAAAUCCGCUAAGUGAUGAAGCAUGCUGGGAAAUAAUCAAGAAAUUGAUCCGUUUUGAGGGAGGAGAAGAAGAGUUGGAGAAGAUUGGACGGGAGAUCGCAAGCAAGUGCUGGGGUGUACCAUCAGCAGCUCGAGCAUAUGCAGGCAUUCUAGGUUCUUCCCGAGAUGCCAUGACAUGGAAAAAUAAAAUGAAAGAGGAUAUCUUGUUUUAUGCCCUUCCAGCUUUCAAGCUAAGCUACAUGAGAAUGCCACCAGAAUUGAGGCUAUGCUUUGCUUAUUGUUGUCAAAUCUUCCCAAGCGGGCACAUUAUAGUCAAAGAUGACCUGGUUCAUCACUGGAUUGCCCUCCAUCUCAUUGAGCCAUCUGAAAUAUUGUCUGCCGCACAGAUAGCUGAGGAGCAUAUUACCAGGCUUCAGGACAUGUCAUUCCUUCAAACUGCACAGUUGAACCACGUGAGUAAUUGCCUACUACUCUGUUGUACAAAAUUUACUGAAUUUUAG